AGCCAGAAGAGGAAUUUAUCGAAAAGAAUAAUCUUUGCUCGAUUAUUUUGUGUUUUAAUGAAAUAGAUAUAGCGCACAUGCCAGUCAGUCAGUCAGAACAAUCACUUCAUUCGAUACUGUGCAAACCGAAAGAUCCAACAGAAAAAGAAGAAAAUAAAAUUAGUGCCAUUUACAAAAUAAAUUGUGUGGACUGCAAUAAAACAUGAUAUCAGUCAAAUCAGAAGUAGAAGAGACAUUUAAAAGAUUAUUGGGUCAUAAAGGAGUUGUUGGAGCAAUUAUCGUCAGCUCAGAUGGUAUUGCUGUCAGAUCAUCUAUGGAUAAUAGUACUACUAAUCACUAUUGUGGUCUUAUGCAGCAAUUAAUCGCUAAGUCUCGAUCUGCUGUACGUGAUCUAGAUCCAUCGAAUGAUUUAACAUUUCUACGCAUUCGAAGUGUACGACAUGAAAUUAUGGUAGCACCAGAUCGUGAUUACAGUCUGAUUGUGAUACAAGAAACUGGAGUGGAGUAGGAAGCAUAGGAGAACGACACCACACUACUACUCAUCUAAUUGUGUUUUUAUUAUUAUUACUAUUAUGAUUUCACUGGGUUUCAACUCCCUUUUAUUUCAUAUGGUGUCCUAGAUUGUUUGUUUCGUUUUGUUUUAUCCUUUUCAUCAAAUGCAAAUAUUACACCCUAAUUUAUUGGAUACCAGUAAGUGUAACACAACACAAAAUAUGGAGACUAACACUUUAUGGUUUUCAGUGCACACUUGUCCUUCUUUUUUAUUUCAACAUUCUAACAUUUUAACAGUUUGUAUGUGUGAGUGUUUGUUUGUUUGUUUGUUUGUGUUUUCAAGUGGGGUUUUUCUGUUAUUUUUGUCUUCUUUUAGGGGUGUGAGUGUGUGCGUGCGUGUGGAGUUGACUCUAUAAUAUUCUUUGACUGGGUAAAAUUUAAAAAUAAUAAAUAGUUUUUUAAAAGAA